AUGGAGACAAUUUACCUGGAGUUAUUCUCCGCCGAAGGAAAUGAAUUCCUCGCCCCAAUCGAGACCCUUGUGGUGCUCUUCACCAUGAGAUACUGCGACUCUCGACUCAGAAUCACCUUUAUCCUUGCCAAGCAGCCACUCGAGGUUAAUGCCUAUCCAAUUACACUCGAGCACUUCACGUAUAAAAUCCUCAAUGGCAACGAGGUCCCAGAAAUUGCAGACUCCUGUCAACUUCCCAACCUACAGUUAAAUAGUAUGAGCUUAGUGGCUGGCCUCUGCGCUUGCCUACGCCAGAUCAUCAAGCUCUCCAUCGUUGAAACUCCUGAACAUCGGUGCAGAUGUCUGCUGGGCUUCAAAACCUCCUGUCUGCUGGCCCCAUCAGAGUGCAGCCCCUGGACCAGAUUCUGCGAGGUCGAGUUAAUCUCAACACUGAGAACAAUGGAAUAUCCUGUCGUUUCUCCUGGAGAAAUACCGGAAACACUGGCAAGAUUCGAAGUCCAUAUGCGUCAACCAGUUCGACUUCACAACAUUUACAAAUACACAAUGUCAAAAAAAUUCUCUAGCGAUGGAACAGCGACGCAGGAUCGUACUGUACCAGAGCAUAUUUAUGCAGAGGGAUCAUUCAUGACAUUGGCAGACAUUAUCAUAUUUUUAUGCACCACUGUCUACCUCAGAAUAGUGACAAAUCCUCGAGUGCUUGAUCUCAUUCCGUUGACUGCCAAAUGGUACGACAGAAUGAUAACUGAUGAACAUUUGAGGAAAUGUUUGGGGUUCAUUAAUCUUAAAGUGGCAUCCCCAUUGGAUAUCGAGAGCUUUCCACAAAUUGUACCCAAUCAGAGCCUCUACAAGAGUGAUGCAAAACGAUACAAACCUCGGAAUAAGAAUUACACGAGGCAGGAGGAUGUGGAAAAUUCCCUGAAAAUAAUUGAAAAUUGUGGAAUUGACUUGGAAAUGAACAGUGAACCGUUGGGUGCAGAGAUUGAGAUCGAUUGGGAAACGAUUCCCUUCGAAGCGAAUCCGGAUGGUGGUUCUCUUCCUUCGACACGAUCGAAACGAAAAUUCCAACAACUGGAGAAUCUCAGCAGGCCUGUUUUGAAAUUAGCUAAGCCUGGAAAUGUUAUUGUAGAUUUUUGCAGUGGAAGUGGACAUCUGGGGAUAUUAAUCGCAUAUUUGAGAAAGGAUUGCACAGUGAUUCUACUGGAAAAUAAAGAAGAGUCGCUGAAUAGAUCUAAAUUAAGGGUUAAAAAACUGAAAUUAGAUAAUGUCAAAUUUUAUCAAUGUAAUCUUGAUUAUUUCAAAGGACAAUUUGACAUUGGAACUUCUCUGCAUGCUUGUGGGGUUGCAACUGAUUUGGUUAUUCAACAUUGCAUCAGGAGAAAUGCAGUUUUUGUCUGCUGCCCCUGUUGCUACGGAUCUGUACAGAAUUGUCUUCAUAUUUCGUAUCCAAGGAGCAACGUAUUUAGAAAGGUUAUGCAAUUGAGAGAUUAUUUGGUAAUUGGGCAUGCAGCAGAUCAGACCCACGAUGAGAAGAAUUUAAAGACGAAACAGGGAUAUCAGUGCAUGGGAAUUAUCGAUGCCGAUAGGAAAGCACAGGCUGAAGAACAUGGAUACACAGUUCUUAUCACUAAACUUGUGCCUGAAAGUUGUACACCAAAAAAUAAUUUAUUAGUCGGCAUUCCCAGCGAUGAAUGGGUGAAUAAUUGUAUUGCGAAUGUCAUUCGAAAUAUGCAUUUAUCUUCGAACAUUGUUUAAUGGGAACUCAUUGCGAAACAUUCUGAAGCUGGAUAUUUUAAUCUAUUUUACGAUUACGUUAACGGAAAUUUUGUAUACUUGAAGGAAAAAAUAAAUUUGUCGUUGGAAA